GAUAUCCCGGUGGCCUCCUCAACUCCAAAUGAAUCUUACUCCGACGACAAGCCUGAACCACAACCUCGUAUUCCGCCCAAGUCUCGAGUCCCCUGGUCCACAGGCCUCUGCGGUUGCUUCUCCGAUUGCCGAAACUGUUGCAUCACGUGCUGGUGUCCGUGCAUUACUUUCGGACAAAUUGCUGAGAUUGUCGACAAGGGAUCGAGUUCGUGUGGGCAAAACGGAGCGUUGUACACGUUGAUAGCGUGCGUGACUGGGUGCCCGUGCUUCUACUCGUGCUUCUACCGAUCUAAACUCAGACAGCAGUACUUACUACACGAGUCGGCCUGUGGGGAUUGUUGUGUGCACUGUUUUUGCGAGUCUUGUGCUCUCUGUCAGGAAUACCGCGAGCUUAAAAAUCGCGGUUUCGAUAUGUCAAUCGGAUGGCAUGGGAAUGUGGAGAGACAGAAUCGUGGAGUUGCUAUGGCUCCAAUUGUUGAAGGAGGAAUGAGUAGAUAAUUAAAUAAUUAUUGUCGAAUUAAAUAUUUACUUUUAAUUUUUCAAUUGCUUGUCCAGUUGUUUUUUCGUGUAAGAUGAUCCUCAAAAUAUGUAUUUAACUAUUUAUAUAAAAUAAUUGCAACUUUUGUCUAUA